AACACGCUGCUCGGGGUUCUAUUGUGCUUUCGGCAGGAACAAGUUGCGGUCACUGUAGAUGUGGAGCAGAUGUUUUACUGCUUCAGAGUCAAGCAAAGUCACAGAAAUUAUCUCCGGUUUCUGUGGUUCCAAGAUAAUGACCUUAGCAAAGAAAUCAUGGAGUUUCGCAUGAAGGUGCCAGUUUUUGGGAACAGUCCUUCCCCGGCUAUUGCAAUCUAUGGCCUAAGAUGAGCAGCUGAACUUGGGGAAGAAGAGUAUGGCUUCGACACAAAGCAGUUCAUCUUGCGCAAUUUCUAUGUGGAUGAUGGACUGGCCUCUGUGUGCAGUGAAAGCGAAGCCAUUGAGCUCUUAACACGAGCAAGAAGCAUGAUGGCAGAGUCAAAUAUAAGGCUUCACAAAAUAGCCUCGAACGUCAGUCAUGUGAUGAAUGCAUUUCCCCCAGAAGAAAGAGCAGCGGAUCUCAAAGAUUUGGAUUUGGAUGUUGACCCUCUACCUCUUCAGCGAAGCCUCGGAGUUGGCUGGAACCUGGAAAAUGACUGUUUCACCUUUCGAGUUGCUAAAGACAACAAACCCUUUACCCGCAGAGGAAUACUUUCUGUUGUCAACAGCCUCUACGAUCCCCUUGGAUUUGCUUCUCCAGUUACAAUCCAGGGAAAGGCAUUGUACAGAGAGUUAACGGUUGGACAGCAAGAUUGGGAUGAGCCUUUACCAGUGGACCGGGAGGCAGAGUGGUUAAGGUGGACUGACUCACUUACCGCUCUCGAGCAUCUCCAGAUCCACAGGCCAUUUGUUCCAGUUUCAUCAUCACAUGCUCAGAGAAGGGAACUAUGCAUCUUCUCAGAUGUUCGACAACAGCAAUAGCAGCUGCAGCAUACCUCAGGGUCAUUGACACUGGUAGCCAAUGUCAUGUUGGAUUUAUCAUGGGGAAAUCAAAGUUAGCACCCUCAUCUGCGCACACUAUCCCACGCUUGGAAUUAUGUGCAGCGGUAUUAGCAGUGGAGUUGACUCAAGUGAUUAUGGAGGUAAGCGACAUUCAGUUUGAUACAGUGAACUUCUACACGGAUAGCCGAGUAGUUCUAGGCUACAUUCAUAAUGUCACCCGGAGAUUCUACGUGUAUGUGGCCAACAGAGUUGCUCAGAUUCGCAGGAUUACCAAACCAGACCAGUGGCAUUAUGUCACUACUGACCAGAACCCUGCAGAUCAUGGGACGAGAGCGGUAUUAGCAGCCCAACUGCAACAGACCACCUGGCUCUCUGGGCCUCGGUUUCUCACACUAUCUGAGACCGAGUCAAGAGAUCCAGCGCAGAGCGAAGAGACCUUUGACCUUGUGGAACCCUCAACGGAUGUUGAAAUUCGUCCUCAAGUGGUUUCCAUAGCAACGAAAAUAGAGGAAAAGGAGCUUGGAUCUCACAGAUUUGCACGUUUCUCAAGCUGGAAGUCUCUGGUAAGAGCAAUCAAAUCCCUCAUUCAUGUUGCAAAGUCGUUCUCUAAAGCUUUGAGCGCCUGUAAAGGUUGGCACAGUUGCAAUCUUGCAAGUACUACAGAAAUCUUACAAGCAAAAACAGCAAUCAUUCAGUGCGUUCAAACUGAGACUUACAAGGAGGAGAUUGAAAGCCUUAAAAAAGGAAAAGACAUCUCGCGCAGUCCUCUUGGAAAACUCGACCCCUUUGUUGAUGGUGGCUUGUUAAGGGUUGGAGGACGCUUACGGGCAGCAGAUCUUUUAGAUGCGGAGAAACACCCCCUGAUAAUUCCAGGUAAUCAUCAUGUAGCCAUUCUCUUAGUUAGACAUUACCACAACCAAGUAGCUCACCAAGGUAGGCAGUUCACUGAAGGUGCUCUGCGCUCAGCAGGACUAUGGAUUGUUGGUGGCAAGAGACUCAUUUCCAGCACACUCCACAAAUGUGUCACAUGUAGGAGACUUAGAGGUCGCUUAGAAGUGCAGAAAAUGGCCAGCUUGCCCUCCAGCAGGCUUGCGGUUGACCCGCCUUUCACUCAUGUAGGCCUGGAUGUUUUUGGGCCUUGGAAUGUCAAGUUCCACCGCACAAGGGCAAAUAACGUUGACUGUAAAAGGUGGGCUGUAAUGUUUACCUGUCUGAGUACCAGGGCCGUCCAUAUAGAGGUCAUAGAGGCAAUGUCGACUUCGAGUUUUAUAAAUGCCUUACGUCGUUUCCUGUCGAUCAGAGGACCUGUCAAACACUUACGGUCAGACCAAGGGACAAACUUCAUUGGCGCCUGUAAAGAGUUGCAAAUCGACAUUCAAGACCCGGAGAUCAAAGGCUAUCUAAGGGACCAAAGCUGCACCUGGACAUUCAACGCCCCACAUUCAUCUCACAUGGGAGGAGUGUGGGAGAGGAUGAUCGGGCUCGUUCGACGCAUCCUUGAUGGCUUGUUACUGCAAACCUCAACCACCCGCCUCACACAUGAGGUUCUGGUCACGCUUAUGGCAGAGGUUAUGGCCAUAAUGAAUGCCAGACCCUUAGUUCCUGUUUCAAACGAUCCUGAAGCACCUGAAGUUCUCUCUCCUGCAAUGCUUCUAACGCAGAAGGCUGGUACUAUUCCAACACCACCUGGAGACUUUGAACUCAAGGACCUUUACAAAGCCCAGUGGCGGCAAGUGCAAGGUCUCGCGGGAUGCUUUUGGAAAAGAUGGAGGCAAGAGUAUCUUGCUACACUGCAGACAAGACGAAAGUGGAAGGGAGAGAAGCAAAAUGUCAAACAAGAUACUGACCUCACCCUCAAAUAUUAUUUCAUCUUUGACUCUUUGAGCUGGUUUGAAGCUCAGAGGUACUGCAGGACGAGCUACACUGAUCUGGUCAGCAUCAGAGAUCAGAACCAGAAUGAAGCAGUGAGGACAGAAGGGCUGAACAGCAGCAUGUCCUUCUGGAUCGGCCUGCUGCGCGAUGAAUGGGAGUGGACUGAUGGAGGACGCUCUGCCUACAGAAACUGGGAGAUUCAGCCUUGGUCAGCCUUGGUCAACGGGAGACUGUGUGCGAAUGAAAGACGGGAAAUGGGAAGCAAAGCCGUGCGGUUAUUCUUAUUCUACUAUGUGCUACAGCACACUUAUCCAUGUCAGUGAUGACGUUAUGAGCUGGGAGAACGCUGAGGAUUACUGCAAGAAAGAUAAUAGAAAUUAUAUUCUGCGCAUUGAGUCUCACCUGGACCAGAAAGAGGUGGAGUUUGAGCUCAGGAGGAGGCGUGUCUCUGGGCCUUUGUGGGUGUGGCUUGGACAGAGUCGACUCUCUGAGCUGCUGAAGUCCAAUAAACUGGCUUUGGGACCCCGGACCAACUGGAAUGAAGGAAAGACAGAGCCUCCUCAGUCCCUCAGCUGUCUUGGUACAGACAUUGUGGAGAAAACAUUUAGGCAGAAGACGGACGUUUCUGCUCAAAGACCUGUUUGUGAAGUUAAACAACCGUAAAAAAGACAGUUUUUUCAGUCCUGGAAGAACAGAGUGCUGGACAGUUUAGUGUUUUCACAGUUCUGACUCACUUGUUCCAGUCAACAUGCACUAGUUGAAUCAGGUGUGAUCGGACAGAUAAAAUACUAAACUGUACAGAAACGCUUCAUAUGUUUAGUGCCUUAUAUCCUUCACUCUUUAUUUUAAACGGAAACUGCAAAAUGUUAGUUUUGUUUACCCCUGUCUCAUGUAACGUAUCCAGCAUUGUUUUUCUGCAUUUUAUUUUCCUUUUUCAAUUAGCUUUAGACAAUGACUUUAGGAACAGCUUGGAUUUUAUUAGUGACAGAUUAGCUACUAAUACUGUUUUUUUUUUUUUGUUUUUUUUUUUUAUGAAGAAAAUGACUUUUUAAAAAUUUCAUGACAUUAAAAAAAAUA